AUGACCAGAACUUCCGUCCUCGCAGAUGCAUUGAACGCUAUCAACAACGCAGAAAAGUCCGGUAAGAGACAAGUCCUAAUCAGACCAUCUUCCAAGGUCAUUAUCAAGUUUUUGACUGUUAUGCAAAAGCACGGUUACAUUGGUGAAUUUGAAUUUAUCGAUGACCACAGAUCCGGUAAGAUUGUCAUCCAAUUGAACGGUAGAUUGAACAAGUGUGGUGUCAUUCAACCAAGAUUCAACGUCAAGAUCAACGACAUUGACAACUGGACCAACAACUUGUUGCCAGCAAGACAAUUUGGUUACGUUAUCAUGACCACUUCUGCAGGUAUUAUGGACCACGAAGAAGCAAAGAGAAAGCACGUCUCUGGUAAGAUUCUAGGUUUCGUCUACUAA